AUGAGAGAAGUUAUCAGUAUCAAUGUCGGUCAAGCCGGUUGUCAAAUAGGUAAUGCUUGUUGGGAAUUAUACUCACAAGAACAUGGAAUUAGACCAGAUGGUUUUUUACAAGAAGGAUUAGAUAGACCAAAAGGUGGAGAAGAAGGAUUUUCAACUUUCUUUAGUGAAACAGGUUCAGGUAAAUAUGUUCCUCGUGCUUUAUAUGUUGAUUUAGAACCAAAUGUUAUUGAUGAAGUUAGAACUGGUAUUUAUAAAGAUUUAUUUCAUCCAGAACAAUUAAUUGCUGGUAAAGAAGAUGCCGCCAAUAAUUAUGCUAGAGGUCAUUAUACUGUUGGUAGAGAAAUUUUAGAUGAUGUAUUAGAUAGAGUUAGAAGAAUGAGUGAUCAAUGUGAUGGAUUACAAGGAUUUCUUUUCACUCAUUCUUUAGGUGGUGGUACUGGUUCUGGUUUAGGAUCCCUUUUAUUAGAACAAUUAUCAAUUGAUUAUGGUAAAAAAUCAAAAUUAGAAUUUGCUGUAUAUCCAGCUCCUCAAGUUUCAACAUCUGUUGUUGAACCUUAUAAUACUGUUUUAACUACUCAUACUACUUUAGAACAUGCUGAUUGUACUUUUAUGGUUGAUAAUGAAGCUAUUUAUGAUAUGUGUCGUAGAAAUUUAGAUAUUUCAAGACCAAAUUUUGAUUCAUUAAAUAGUUUAAUUGCUCAAGUUGUUUCAUCAGUUACUGCUUCUUUAAGAUUUGAUGGUUCAUUAAAUGUUGAUUUAAAUGAAUUUCAAACUAAUUUAGUUCCAUAUCCAAGAAUUCAUUUCCCAUUAGUUUCUUAUGCUCCAGUAUUUUCUAAAGCAAGAGCUAGUCAUGAAGCAAAUUCUGUUGCAGAAAUUACUGCUGCAUGUUUUGAACCAGGUAAUCAAUUAGUUAAAUGUGAUCCAAGAACUGGUAAAUAUAUGGCUACUUGUUUAUUAUAUCGUGGUGAUGUUGUUACAAGAGAUGUUCAAAAUGCUGUUGCUCAAGCUAAAGCUAAAAAGACUGUUCAAUUAGUUGAUUGGUGUCCAACUGGUUUUAAGAUUGGUAUUUGUUAUCAACCUCCAACUGCUAUUAAAGGUACUGAAUUAGCUGCUGCCAAUAGAGCUGUUUGUAUGUUAUCUAAUACCACUGCUAUUGCUGAAGCUUGGAGAAGAAUUGAUAGAAAAUUCGAUUUAAUGUAUUCAAAGAGAGCUUUCGUUCAUUGGUAUGUUGGUGAAGGUAUGGAAGAAGGUGAAUUUACUGAAGCAAGAGAAGAUUUAGCUGCUUUAGAAAGAGAUUAUAUUGAAGUAGGUACUGAUUCUUUCCCAGAAGAAGAAGAAGAAUAUUAA